CAAAACUAAUCUCAAUUCUCUCUCUCUCUCAGACGACAAUGGGUUGCUGCGGGGACGAAGAAAACGACAACGACAUCGUCAACCCUCUUUACUCCGACGCCGCCGCCCCAACCCUCGGCGACUCCUCCGACUCCACCACCACGAUAUCCCCUAUGAACUCUCACUUCUCGGCCUUAACUUGCCGCGACACCCUCCGCCUCAUCUUCGAGAAGCUCCCAAUUCCCGACCUCGCUCGCUCCAGCUGCGUCUGCCGAGUCUGGAGCUCCGUCGCCUCCGAUCAGGAGAUCGUCGCCAAAGCCUUCAAAGCUCCUUGGAAUCUGAAGGAGGUGAUCGGAAAGCCGGCGUCUUCAAGCUUCUGGAGGGACAAUUCGAUCGGAAAAUUCGCCAUCUCGCACCGGAUUGUCCGCGGGGACAGCGUCGCCAGCCUCGCCGUCAAGUAUUCCGUUCAGGUGAUGGACAUAAAACGAUUGAACAACAUGAUGAGUGAGCACGGAAUAUACUCUCGGGAGAGAUUGCUGAUUCCGGUAAGCAAUGCGGAGAUCCUUUCGGAAGCUACGUGCUAUGUUGAAGUGGAUAAUUAUGCUAAGAGAGAGGUGGCUGUGUUGUAUUUGGAGGGCGGCCCCGACCCGAAAACCAUAAACAGCGGCAGCAUCUCUUCGUGCUCUGUUUUGCAGAGCAAGAAAAGAGUGGUUGAAUCACUGAGGAGAAGCCUGCGAGUGGAUGAUGCAACUGCAAGCUACUACUUGUCCAUUGCCGAUGGCGAUCCAAGAGCUGCAAUCUCUCAGUUCUCCCAAGACCUUAGGUGGGAGACCAACACCCACCUCGGCUCUGCUUAGGGCUGGUUCGGGACUGCUUGUGUCAUAAGCGCUUCUGCCAGUAGCGCUUUCGCCAAGUGAAUUUCAACUUGUAAUGCUUGUUCUAUCAGGCAAUGAAUCGACUUCAAAUGUGUAUAAGUGUUGUGAUUUGUAAUUGUAUCCACAUUGUCAAAGUGUUGUUAUUGAUAGAAAGCUUCUUGAUUUGAAUAGAGAAUAGUGUUCCGCU